AAAGUGCAACUAGUGUUCAUGGUUACGGACUGUAGUGAGGGUGGUCUCUGGUUCAUCGACAUCUUUGAAGGGUCGUCUCCGCCCACACGAUUUGUGCGACUUGCACCCUCCAAGCUCCAGAAUGGCAAUUUCUAUUAUCAUGGCCCACUGAACCUUGACGUUAACUUGAGUGUUCCCAGGCAGAAGAUCUACAACACAGACCUCGGCGAUUUCACUUUCGCAGAGGGUUAUAUAUGGGAGGAGUGUGCUGAAGACACUGCAAACGGCGCAUUUGUGAACUCUGAGCGCUGGGUACUGGCGGUUCUAGAUAUGGCAGUCAAGCGAGGGCUCCUUAUGGCGGCGAAGAAAAAAGACAGCCUUAGAUGCAUAGCCAAGGCACGUCCUCCAGUAACUUCUAUGCAUAUCGCGCCCGCCGUGUGGUAAUGCAAUAGCAAUAUAGGUGUUCUAUGCAAUAUGACGGGUUAUCCUGAACGAGUAUGCAGUAACAUAUAUAACCUCUUGCCUGCCGGAUGAUACUUCCAAAGUUGGUGACGAGCGAGAUCUUCCCUACGGAUUGCACCCCUCAGCGUCGAGGGACGUUGUUCAGCCAACAUUAUUGCCCCAAUGCCGCACUGUCGUUGGACGCAACCACGACGGGGGACGUAGUAAUGUACUGCCACGUAGUUUGUCUCUAGUUUGUCCAGCGGCACUUGAAUGAUCGAUCGAAGAAUUACCACGUUUC